UGAGCGGGGGCCAUCAGAUAACAGGCAGGACAAUGGCGCUCCAUUCUGAGGGAUCUCUUAAAAUGAGCAGGAAGCGGCGAUGAGCGCCUCGGUGAGGCUGGCGGAGGGACUCCCCAGGGUCCGCUCAACCCCGCCAGAGCACGCCGCUGUUCAAUGGCUGCAGAGACUGACAGGAAAUGAGAAGCUAUCGGCCCCCCAGCUGGAGCCAAAGGCGUCCUUUGAUGCCGUCUCUCGCUGAUAGAGAGUUGCUGCCAUGAAUUGGACUGGUGAGCAUCACACUUUCAUUGUGGAAACGUUUAUCAAAACCAACCGAUCUCUAACUGCAACACGAGUGUUCCGUUUGCACUUCAAUCUGGGUUGACCUGAUCCCGUAAAAAAAUGGUAAGGUUAACCACAACUGAAUUUCAAAAUGACACAGAAAGGCCCCGUUCAAGGACCACAACAUUUUCAAGCCGUUAUGCAAAAAUGAAGGUUGUUUAACCUCGGCUGUUGGUGCAAUUUAUUCCUACAAGUGUUCCAACUUCCUCAUGGAAUAAAAACAUAAAGCUUCCUCUUAGCAUAGAAACAGCGUUUGGAACACACUGUGGUACUUUAUGAUCGUGGACACUUCAAAUUGUAGGAUUUUCCUCUAGAGAAAUUGGAGUUAUGCAAAAGUUUUGACUGAUAGUCAAAAUAUUUUGUGAAACAUGAGGUGUGUACUCAGACUGGUGACAUACUUUAGCGUAUACGUCCGAUGGGACUGACAUUUCCCAAACAUCCUUUCAAUGUGCAUGUUGACAUUCAACGUCUUGCCCCCCAUAACGAUGGAAUGGAAUGGACCCACAAGCACGUCGAGCUGCCCUGACCUCUGUCUGAGUUUGCUUCAUGCAAAUGUUCUUCUUCUUAGAAUGUCCAUCGUCCUGAAGAACGUCUACCUAACUACACUAACGUUGGCUAUGCCGUUGUCAGAGUGGACCAUGCAGUGCAAUGAGCGCCUCCGUGGCCGUGUACCGGAGCAUCUUCACCGAGGACGGCUUCCAGCAGGCAUACGGCUCCGAGGAGGACAACCCCGGUGCCGGUCCGAGGCUCCGGGACAAGUUGGCGGUGAGGUGCGGAUGUUCACAGCGGGCCUGCCUUCACCUGUUGCGGGACAGAGUUCCCAUCGUCGACUGGCUGCCCGGGUACCGAUUCCGGAAAUGCAUUUUGGGGGAUACCGUAGCAGGACUCACCGUGGGCAUCCUUCACAUCCCACAAGGAAUGGCCUUUGCCCUGCUCACAUCUGUGGCACCAGUUUUUGGUCUCUACACGUCCUUCUUUCCCGUAGUCCUGUAUAUGAUUUUUGGCACCGGGCGCCACAUAUCCACAGGUACGUUUGCUGUGGUGAGUUUAAUGACCGGUUCGGUGGUAGAGCAACUGGUUCCCAGUCCUCUGGUGGUGAACUCCACUUCAGAAGUGUCCGACUUUGAGAUCCAGAGAAUCGGCGUGGCCUCGGCUGUAGCACUUCUGUCAGGAAUUAUGAUGCUCUGCAUGUUUGGGCUUCAGCUGGGCUUCCUGUCCUCCUAUCUGUCAGAGCCAAUUGUCAAGGCCUUCACCAGCGCUGCUGCCUUUCAUGUCACCGUUUCACAGCUGCAAAGCAUGCUGGGGCUGAACCUUCCUCGCCACACUGGGACCUUUUCUCUCUUCAAGACUCUAGCGUCCAUGAUGGAGAACCUGCCUCAGACCAACACGACAGCGCUGCUGAUCUCCGUGGUGUGUUUGGCUGUUCUGGUCCCGGUGAAAGAGAUCAACACACGCUACCGGCAGCGCUUGCGUACGCCCAUCCCGGUGGAGAUCCUAACCGUGAUCAUCGCCACUGGGGUUUCCUAUGCCUUCUGUCUAGAUUCCAUCUGUGACGUAGAAAUUGUUGGCCACAUUCCAGCAGGAUUCCCAAGACCAAGACUCCCUGCGUUGCACACGUUACCCCAAAUUGCCGGAGACACGGUCGCCAUCACAUUGGUGGGCUACGCGGUGUCCGUCUCCCUGGCAAUGAUCUACGCCGACAAGCACGGCUACGCCAUACAUCCCAACCAGGAGCUGCUGGCUCACGGUAUCUCCAACACCUUGUCCUCCUUUUUCACCUGCUUCCCAAGUUCUGCUACUCUGGCCACCACCAACAUACUGGAGAGUGCUGGGGGAUUCACACAGUUAUCCGGCCUGUUUACCAGUCUGGUCGUUCUAAUUGUUCUGCUGCUGAUCGGACCUCUGUUCCACUUCCUACCAAAGGCCGUCCUGGCGUGCAUCAACGUGACCAGCCUGAGGCAGAUGUUCCUGCAGUUCCAAGACUUACCAGAACUGUGGAGAAUCAGCAGGAUUGACUUUAUGGUUUGGGUGGUGACCUGGCUGUCCGUGGUUGUCCUCAACGUGGACCUGGGUUUGGCCAUCGGGGUCAUGUUCUCAAUGUUGACUGUCAUCUGUCGCACACAAAGGGCUGGAUGUUCUGUGCUCGGCCGGGCAAGCAACACAGAGAUUUAUCGCCCUGUGGAGAAUCACAGUAAGUGCUACGAGCUGCCAGGGAUGAAGAUCCUGACAUACAACGGGCCGAUCUACUACGGAAACCGUAGCUUCUUCAGGGAAGAGAUGAGCACUUUGCUGGGCCUGACGCCGGAGAAGAUCCGCAGUCGAGAAAAGGCCAGAAAAGCUCUGGAGACGCGUGAAAGACACGCCGGCGUCAACACGGUGGAACGAGGCGUAACAAAUGCAUCUUUUUCUUUGGAAAAUGACUUUUUUAAAUCAGAAGCAUCUGACAACGACGUCCAGGCUCUUCUGAUCGACUGCAGCAGUGUGAUAUUUGUUGAUGUUGCCGGAGCAAGACUCUUUACUCAGAUGUGCAUCGAAUGCCAGAAGGUUGGGGUUCACAUGUAUUUAUCCAACUGUAACAAAAGUGUUUUAAAGAUCCUGGCAUCGAGCGGCCUCAUGAACCACAUGAAGCCUCAAGAUAUUUUUGUCACUGUACACGAUGCCGUCACGUACAUCCAGCAGCAGAAGGAAAAACAUGGUGAAAACACCACGACCGUUUGGGUGUGAGAUCGAUGCUCAGCGAUGGCAAGUCGAGUGUUUGGGACCAAAUAAUGUACCAUUUGGUGAUUGGUUGGAGGGUGUAAUGCAGGGGUGGGCAAACUACGGCCCGGGGGCCACAUCCGGCCCGCCAAGUGUUUGAAUACGGCCCGCCCGUUCUUUCCAAAGUAUUUCAUUUAAAGUCAACAUACAAGCUGGCAUCAUGGCUUGAGACGACAUUUUCAUGGUUUGGCUGUUUUAUCAAUUUUGUUAUUUGAUGCGGUCUGUUGUUUACAAAGUGAAAAAAGGGACACAAGCACAUAAUAAUAAUAAUAAUAAUAUUAAAUAAUAAAUUUAUUCUUAUUAUUAUAAAUUUAUAAUGAACUUUACAUCAAAUAAAUGAUCUCAAAGUGCACAUAUAGCAGAUUGCAUGACACUUACAGAUACAAUAAUUUUGUUAUUUGAUGUGGUCUGUUAUUUACAAAGUGCUCCUGAAAAAAGGGACACAAGCAUAUAAUAAUAAUAAUAAUAAAAUUAAUAAUAAUAAAUAAUAAUAUAAAUAAUAAUACAUUUAUUAUGAUACAUUUAUUAUGAUACAUUUAUAACGCACUUUACAUCAAAUAAAUGAUCUCAAAGUGCCCAUAAAGCAGAUUGCAUGACACUUUUACAGAUACAAUAAUUCCAGCUGGACUGUUACGUGUAAAAUAUCGAGUCUGGCCCCCCGUCAAUUUUGUUAAAUCAAUGCGGCCCGCCAGUCAAAAAGUUUGCCCACCCCUGGUGUAAUGUGUACUCGCGUUUCCAAGAUACAGUAGCCUGUUGUAGCAUUUAUGGAGGCUUUACAGUAUUACACCGUUUUAUGUAAGCAUCAUGUCAUAUAUGCUGGAAUUCCUUAGAGAAUAUUAUUUGAUUGUAAUGCAGAGAUAAAUAUACUGACAAGUGCACUGAACAGUUUCAAAUACUUGGCAUAUUUAUAUCUUGUACAUGAGCAAUACUUGCUACAGAGCAAUACUUUUUGGUAUUCGUCUGCAACUGUCCCAGCGGCUGUUUUAAUAUUACAUAUAUUUCCAUCAAAGUUUUGCGAGUCAGGUUUUAUUGAAGUACGAGAUGGGUUUGUGCUCAUUGUUAUAUUUCAUUAGAGUUUGGUGAAGGUCGGAAUGUGAAGCACGCCGGGAUGAAAUGUGAAGAUGAGUACAGUCUGUGUUCUCCGGGCGAGCGGAGAACGCAGUAUUGAGGCAUGAUGAAAACUUAUGAAACACAGACUUUAGAAGCUCGCCUCAGGGAUCGAGAUGUCUCGCUCUGUCUGGCCUAAGUGUUACACUCUUGAUGAUGACAGGUCCUCAACGUGUUCCAUAAGUGGUUAUUGGCAUGCUGAAAUA